AAUAUAAACAAUUAAGAACUGGAUUUUAUAUAUGCUUUGAAGACCGUAUAGGAAGUUAUGGUACCUGAAAGGUUUCCUGGUAACUAUUUUCAUAUAAUAAUGGGCCAAUUAUCGAUGACAUGACUUUAUUUGUGUUUUCUAAACAAAGUUUCAUAUUACUGCAGUCAUUUCACGCCGUAUGAUAUUUGGGUCUAUUGAUCAAGAAUAAAAUCCUAAGAAAUGAUGAUAUAAGUGAAGAUGUACCCAGGUUUUAUUUCAUUAUUGCUGGCGACACUAGUAAUUGGAUCAUGAGCCUGAAGUUCAAAGUGCCACUAAGAUAUGUUUGUUUGGAUGGCUUGAUUCCCCCAGGCCUAGAGGAACUUCUCGUAAAGGCUUACACAAGUGGGUCCAAAGGAAUUCAUGAAGGAAAUUUGCCAGCUCUGAUGGACUACGGAUCGAUAGACAAGUGCAUGGAACUGAAGAAGAGUUUGGAGGCCGGUGAAAGCAUCCUGGACGUGAACUAUCCACCUGGAGUUCCACUUUGGGUGCUUCGACACUUUUUUGGUACCUUGCCCAAGCCAUUAUUUCGCCGCGACUUUUGGGGGUAUGUUAUAAACCAAGCCAUUGUCGCUGUACAGCAUGUUGUUAAUAAUUAUGACUUCGCCGUGACGCCGAUACACAACAUAAUUGCCAGGCGAGUGUCAGCGCUGCCCUCGGAGGAACACGCGGUGCUGGCCAGGCUGGUGAGGCUCGUCAGAGACCUGGCGGCUGGGCCCGGCGGGGUGUCCGCCGGACGACGCAAGCGGCGCGUGGUUGCCCUGGUCGAGUACUUCGCGGACUCUCUGUGCGCGAGGCCCUACUUCCCCGGCUCCACGACAAAGGAAGGCAGAGCGAUAUGUCCCCUCCUCACGAUACUGUGCCUCGACUGGCCGAAGAUCGAGGAGCUUCUGGUCGGCAGCCCUGUUCAGGCUGCCACCCGUCCGCACGGUGUCUCGCCGACCAGGGCGACGUCAGUGGGACGACCCCACGACCCCGGGGACACGCUAACUCUGGGCGGAGCAAACUGCACACGGACCCUUUCCCCUGCUCCAGCUGCCGAGACCUCUCCGGCAAGGAACACGUGCGAUAAAGCAGUUCAGUGCAGCAGCCCUGAAGAUGGCCAAGAACCCCGUCAUGACAUUCGAACUACGAAAGGCAGCACGGAUGACUCAAUGCCUUCGCGCACUUGCGUCAACAAUGGCAGGACUCUCCUGAAAGAACGGGAGCCCCAGAUCGCUGACGUAACGUGUCCCGUCGAGGAACUGGCGGGAAAUGACUCCGACGACCCGACUGCGAGUUUCGUCUCCCUGACGAGCGCGAGCGAACAAAGUUCGAGCGAGUUCUUCAGCGCGUGCGACGAAAGCGACGCCGCGACGUCGCGUAGAAUAACUGAGGUCAGGAUCGGCGAGACCUCCAAACACGUUUUCAAGAUCAGCGUGAACGUGAUCGAUGGGGGAUGCGAGAAGAUCGACGUCGACGUCGAGAUUAGCGUCCGUCGCAAAGUCGAUCCUCGGAACUUGGGCAGCGACUUCCGACGAGAUGACCGUCAACUGAGCCGCAGCGAAACUGCAGCGGAUGCAACUGAUGCUUCGACGCUUGAAGAAGUUCCUGCUUUCUUCUCGGCGACGCGAUCACCCAACGACACAGAGACUGAGAGUGUGAGGAAUCAGGGCAAUCUGGUAUCCGAUAGAGACAGAAAUCCCGUUCGUAGAUGGUUAGGUAACGUGAUUACAAAAUCUACGUUCAGCAAAAGUUGUUCAUCUGUCCGCAGCAUGCUCACUAACAAAAUAAGCAAAAAUCACAAACGAUGAGCUAUGUGGUGUGAAAAUGCACGCUUUGAUGGUGUUUCAGGGAAAUUUAAGGCAUCAUUAUUUAAUGGAAUGUGUUUCCUUAAAACUUGUUUACUUAGUUUUUUUACAUUUGUAUAACAUAUUGUAGAACAGGUUAAGAAGCCAUACAAUAAAAAAUAUAAUUUUGAUUUUCCUAACCAAUAUG